UUGACACUUUACCAAACAUACCAAUAAUAUCAGAGUCCUAAAUGAGACAAUACUGUGUCUUCAGACAGGAGUUGACCAUGUUCCAUCCUCUCGCCCUCGUGUUAUUUCUUCAUAUUCUUAGUCCUUGUACGGCUAUGAAUGGCGAGAUUCACCACACAAAUAUGGUCUCCGCCAUACCUGUAGGUAGCAGUGUGAAGAACGAGAUACUGACGACAGCAGUCGCUUCAUGCCUCAAAUGCACGACAGAAUGUGCACGGCUACGCUCCUGCCGUGCGUUCUUCUACAACGCUGUGGACACCAGAUGCCAGUUGUUUGAUACCAGUCAAGUUUCUCGACCAAAUAACAUGGAAUACACAAGGUUUUAUGUUCGGGACUGGUGCCCUGAAGGUUUUAGCCUUUUGUCUGAAGUGGAAGGUCCAUGUGUUAAGUUCCAUUUGGACGUGGCCACGUGGUUUGAAGCAAGGAACAACUGCAGCCUUCAUUCUCCGACAACUAGGCUGAUUGUGACUGAUAAUGAGACUAAGUUCCAAAAAGUGAAGACAGCAGGAAUAGCAAUGAAUAACAAGUUCAGAGACGCCAUCUGGAUUGGCCUAUCAGACAUCUCGUCCACCCUGCGUGUUUUCAAGUGGACCAAUGCCAAGCCUAUCGGGAACUUCACUUACUGGAGUAACUCCGACUUCAGCAAAGUUGGUCAGAAUGCAUGUGUGGUUCUCCUCCGUGCGGGAUAUUGGAAGUGGACUCCCACCGAUUGUAACGGCAGGAAACACUUCAUCUGUGAAGUCCCUAAUGAGUGAGUGAGGGAGGUGGGCUGACGUCGCUUUUAUAGUCAGCGUACCAUGGGAGGAAGUGAUGCAGGUUUCGACUUCUGACGCUUUGGUAAAGCCAUAAGCACGGAUAUUCUUCUCACAAACCUAGAAACAUUAUCAGGACGAACCUGGAUUCGAAACCACGAUCAUAAGUUUGUGGUACACCUAAGGGAUACAUCUUUGCACACAUGCUUCAGACGACGGGGCCACACAUACCCGCUGUCCGUAAAGAAACGACGUAACUUUUAUCACUAUGACGUGAACCCGCACCCUCUGAACUAUCACCACCCGUUUCUGGUGAUAUUGUGCACGGGUAUUUCACGCUAUACAUGACGAAGUUGUCAGUGCUUUUUUGAGUGAUUGAUUCGAAAUAAGACAAACACAGAAGUGAAAACACA